AUGGCGCGGCCAGGCCAGCCCUCACCCAGUGCAGCCGAAAUUCAUCUGAGGCCGCUGCCCGGCAGAGACCAUGUGAGCAACAGCGAGAGGCGAAUUCCAGUUGCGGGGCCCGGGAGACAGGAAGAGGAUGUGGACUCGGAAGGAACACCAACGCCAACCCCCUCUCCCCCGGGCAGUCCUGUCUCGUCCCGAACCAGGAAACAGGGAUUUAAGAACAGUCCCACCCUGUUUGGAGAACAGCUCGCAAAAGACAUAGAGUCCUGGGAAGCCCCACCAGGAGAAGGGAAGCUAUUGCAGUACGUGGAUGAUCUCUUAAUAGCUACCCGAACAGAGGAAGCUUGCACAGCCUGGACGGAUGGUGCAGACUGGAUUUACAAUUAUGGGCUGCUCGUGAAACCACUAUAUGAGCUCAUUACAAAGGAAAGCAGAGAUCUCCAGUGGACAAAGGAGGCCACGCGGGUCUUCAGCCAGCUGAAGAAUGCCCUCAUGUCAGCUCCAGCUCUAGGACUUCCAGACGUGAGUAAGCCAUUCUUUCUAUUUUCCCAUGAGAAGCAAGGGAUCGCCCUGGGAAUACUAGCACAGGACCUGGGCCCAUACCGACAGACAGUUGCCUAUUUCUCUAAGCAGCUAGAUGCAGCAGCCAAAGGAUGGACUGGGUGCUUCAGAGCUGUUGCAGCAGUCGUGCUAAACAUCCAGGAAGCACGCAAAUUCACCUUGGGCCAGAGAAUGACUGUGCUGGUGUCCCACACGGUGUCCGCGGUGCUGGAAGUGAAAGGUGGGCACUGGCUCUCCCCACAAAGGUUCCUGAAAUAUCAAAUCAUCAUGGUAGAACAAGAUGAUGUAGAAAUAGUGGUAACUAACAUUGUCAACCCAGCUUCCUUUCUCAGUGGAAAUCAAGGGGAACUGGUACGCCAUGAUUGCCUGGAGACUAUCGAAGCUACCUACUCCAGCCGCCCGGACCUAAAGGAUACCCCUUUAAGCAACAGAGAGACCUGGUUUACUGAUGGGAGCAGCUACAUCAUCAGUGGAAAGAGGCAUGCUGGGUAUGCGGUUACCACCUGCCGCGAGGUGAUAGAAUCUGGACCACUGCCAACAAACACCUCCCCACAGAAGGCUGAAAUAAUCACCCUAACCCAUGCCUUAGAGAUGGCAAAAGGAAAGAAAAUAAACAUCUAUACAGACUCAAGGUAUGCCUUUGGAGUUGUGCACGCACACGGGGCCAUUUGGAAAGAAAGAGGACUGUUAAAUUCGCAUGGAAAGAACAUCAAACAUGCACAAGAAAUAAUGCAGCUAUUAGAAGCAGUCCAGCUACCUGAGAAGGUAGCAAUCAUGUACAUAAGGGUGCAUCAAAAGGUGAGCUCAGAAUUGGAAGAAGGAAAUGAACUGGCAGACAGAGAGGCAAAAGAAGCAACAAAAGGUGAGGUAACAAUAACUGGAGCCUUGAUCCCAGAUGGACAACUUUCCCUAGAGGUCUCUUACAGAAAAGACUCUGGAACCACAGUGGGAAGGACCAUUCCAGGUGCUUCUCACCACUUACACCGCAAUUAAGAUCAGAG